AAAAGACAUGGCUCCUAGAGAUAAGGAAACUUUAUGGGUUUAUUUCUCUUGGGUUGUCACUGCAUGUUGUAUAGGCCCUUUAUUGUCAACAUGUUGCCGAAUGAAAGAUCCUAAUACUCGUCAGGCAUGGCGUGAAAAAGUAGCAUUGUGUUUCAUUAUUUUAUGUAUCUCCUUAUUUAUGGGAUUUUUGACAUUCGGAUUUUCACAAUUUGCAUGUCAAAUACAACGUCCUCUCUAUCCACAAGAUAUUCUUAGACUUUACGGCCCUGAUGCACCAGGAAUGAAAGUACACAUUGUCCGUGGUCGACUUUACAAUACUGGCGUUUACUUCUCUAGUGGUAGUCAUCGUCCAAUCGUUCCUUUUAAUGAUUCGGAUUUAUUUCCACUUGUCUCGGAAAGGUUUGGAAAAGAUAUUUCAGACUAUUUUCCACCAGAUAAUCAAGCUUUAGGAUGCAAUACUAUACCAGUAAAUAAUGGUAGCAUUUGUGAUUUUGCUAUUAGAACUGGUGACAAUAGAUAUCAUUGUCAUACCUCCCCCGCUUCAAAUGAAGCAUUAAAGAAUUUAGAUUUGAACCUUUUCGUUGGGUACACGUGGAAUAAUAUCAGUAAUACCAAAAAUAACUUGUUCGUAUUUAAUGAGAAUGUCUAUGAUUUGAGCGCAUAUUUAAAUUUACAAUCAGACAGUCAAUGGCUUGGUAGUAGUGAUGUGACCACUUGGCUCUCAAGUCUCGUGGGCCGUGAUGCUACAAUGGAUAUAAUUCGUACCCAAAAAACAAAAAAUAUUGCUAAAUGCUUUGAUCAUUUUUUAGUGGGUAAAGUUGAUGGUACAACUAUAGGAUGUGUAGCAACAAGUUCAAUUUUACUUAUGAUGACUAUCGUCUUCAUCAGUAUUACUUUGAUCAAGUUCUUAUCUGCUGUAGCUUUCGAUUGGUUUUUAUCAUGGCAAUUAGGUAAAAUAUCAAAGGUGCCAAAACCGGACAAUACUAUUACACAUAUAUUAUUAUUGGUUACAUGCUAUUCAGAAGGUGAAGAAUCAAUGCGCACCACACUCGACUCUUUAGCUAAAACAGAUUAUUCUGACAAACACAAAUUACUAUUCGUAAUUGCUGAUGGUAAUAUCACUGGUUCAGAUAAUGACAAACCAACACCACAAAUUUGUAAAGAUUUGUUAGAACCUUUUGAUCCAACCGCUCCAGCACCAGAACCUAAAUCUUAUCAUGCUAUUGGUGACGGAUUAAAACAACACAAUAUGGCAGAAGUUAGUAUAGGGUACUAUGUUAUUGAUAACCAUCGCGUUCCCAUGUGUUUAGUAAAUAAAGUUGGAACCGAACUAGAAAGGAAUGGUCCUAAAGCUGGUAAUCGUGGAAAGCGUGACUCUCAAUUAAUCUUAAUGAAAUGGCUUAGUCAUAUUUGCUUUGAUGAACGUUUGACACCUUUGGAAUUCGAAUUAUUCGAAAAAGUUCGUACUCUGACUGGCGUAACACCUAACGCGUAUGAAAUGGUUCUUAUGGUAGAUGCGGAUACGUCU